UCUCGCUUCGGUCGGAUUUCUGCAAUGGGCGGAAGCGCUGCAUACAACAUCAACGCUCAACUCGAGCACUUGCAAUCCAAGCAGGUCGGAACGGGCCAUGCCGACACCACCCGAUACGAAUGGCUCACCAACCAACACCGCGAUUCCUACGCCGCAUACAUCGGCCACAACUCGCUGAUCGCCUACAUCUCCGUCGCCGAAAACGAGAGCAUCGGACGGGCACGAUUCAACAUGCUGGAGAAAAUGCUGAGACCCUGCGGACCACCACCUGCCCGAGAUGACGACGACGAAUAGCUCAUACCUGUUAUAUGACCCAGGAGCAGUUGGAUGUGGCGGCGAGCCACAUCGAGCCGGAGGGCACUCGACUGUGUUUUGUCUGUUCCAGCCCGAUCCAGCGUGGUGACGACCAACCCGCCUCACCGUCCCGGAUCACUCCUCACCCACAUCGUGACUCCAUCCAGAUUUGCUCAUCAUUCGGCCAUCUUUCCAAGGUGUACGCAAUACAAUCCGCUUGGUGCUGUCCGACCGAUCGUCUCGAGAGUGCUGGC